AUUAAAUUUACUCAGCGAUUAGUUUUCUUUAAUAAUAUGGUGUUCUUUUUUUUGUGGUUUUGUGUUUUAUCUAGGUUAUUGAUUUUAUUGCCUUUGGUUGGAAGAAAGUUUCUACCUGGAGGAAUAUCUGAUUUUUUUCAUGUUGUUGCUACAAUUUCCACUUUGUCGGAAGUACUAUUUUCCUUUUCCAUUUUGAAAAUCAGGAAGAGCAGAAUAUUCUUUAAAAUUUUCAAGUUUUUAAAUUUAAUGUUCAUUAUCUGGGUAGUAUUAAUUAACUAUAAAAGGAUUACAAGACAUUGGAGUUACUCUUUGUUGAUUUUUUCUUACAGUUUUGAUGAAACAAUCAAUUAUUUCAAGUUUCUUUUUAACCUGUCAUGGGUUAAUUGUUUUAGAAAAUAUAAAAUAUUUUUUAUUUUUCCUUUGCAAAAAUUUUCUGAAAUUGUUUUAUUAAUGUUGUCUCUUCAAUUUAUUUCGAACACGAAUUUGGCAGACUUUAUCAAAGCUUUAAUUCUUUUCUAUUUUCCUUAUAGUUAUCUAGCUCUUGGUAGAUUAUAA